AUGGGGCGCGCAGGCUUCAGGGCUCCGCUGCUCGCGCUGGCGCUGCUGCUGCUCCCGCAGCCCACGGCCCACUUCUGGCUCUUCAAUGUGCUCUUCCCUCCCAGCACCAUGCCAGAGGCAGCCCCCUCCAACAGCACCCCACCCGUGGUACUCGUUAUUCAUCGGUCCCUCUUCCUCCGCUGCGCCCUCGGCCUGUCCCGCUUCCUGUGCCGCUCCCUGCACUGCGCCCCCGGCCUCUCCCUCUUCCUGAGCCGCUUCCUGCACUGCGCCCCCGGCCUCUCCCUCUUCCUGCGCCGCUCCCUAGUGGUGUAUAACCGCAGCACCGGCAAGAUGUCCAACGCGCCUGGGGUGCAAAUCCGCGUGCCCGGCUUUGGCAAGACCUACUCCGUGGAGUACCUGGACAAGAGCAAGCUGGCAGGUUACCUACACACCCUGGUGCAGAACCUGGUGAACAACGGCUACGUGCGGGACCAGACGGUACGGGCUGCCCCCUACGACUGGAGGAUUGGGCCCAACCAGCAGCCCGAGUAUUUCCAGAACCUGAAGGCGCUGAUUGAGGAGAUGCACGACACCUACCAGAAACGGGUCUUCCUGCUCGGACACAGCCUGGGCAACCUCAACAUCCUCUACUUCCUGCUGCAGCAGCCCCAGGCCUGGAAAGAUCGGUUCAUCGCGGGCUUCAUCUCCCUCGGUGCCCCCUGGGGCGGGGCCGUCAAGUCCAUGCUCGUCCUGGCCUCCGGAGAUAACCAGGGCAUCCCGAUGGUCACAAACAUCAAACUGCGGGAGGAACAGCGCAUGGCCACCACAAGCCCCUGGAUGUUCCCGACCAACAUAGCCUGGCCCGAAUCACACGUCUUUAUCUCCACGCCGUCCUACAACUACACGUACCGGGACUACCGGCGCUUCUUCCUCGACGUCAACUUUGAGGAUGGCUGGUACAUGUGGAACGACACCAAGGACCUGCUGAAGGGGCUGCCUCCUCCUGGCGUGGAGACCUACUGCCUCUACGGCACGGGCUUCCCAACAGUGGAGACCUACAUCUACGAUGAGCACUUCCCCUAUGAGGACCCCGUGGACGUGGUCUAUGGGGACGGGGACGACACCGUCAGCACCCGCAGCAUGAAGUUGUGCAGCCGCUGGGCCAAGCAGCAGAAGCAGCGAGUGCAUGUGAUGGAGCUGCCGGGAGUGGAACACCUCAAUAUGGUUUUCGACAACCAAACACUGAGCUACAUCAACGAGAUACUGCUGGGCAGCUCCCAGGCCAGUGCGGAGGAGCAGGGAGGGCAAAAGACCCUCUUCCCACCCAACCCAGAGCCAACACGGGCCAGGAAGAACCUCUCUGGUCAGAGGGCCACUAAGAACCCCAAAAUGAACUGAAGGCAGCGGGGGUCAGCUUUGCUCCCGACCGACUGCCCUCCAGCAAAGGGUUCAAAUCCGAGUGCGUGUGGAGGGCAAAGCAGCACCCACUCCUGCUAUGACUGGCUUUUGUGUUGUGAAUGGUGAUUAAUUACACAUUAGAGGCUUGUUACUUGCA